AGCUGAGAGGAAGCCUUGGUGAGCUCUGGUGCCCCGUUAACAAUGGAAAUGUGAGAAACGGUGCUCAGAUUAGAACAUGGAUAAAUUUUCAGGUUGGGCUUCAGGGGUGUACAAAGCCCCCGGGUAUUGGACGCACAAUUUUGUGGCCAUUUGUAUCCUUCUAGGGAGAUUGACAGCUCCCAUCAGAUCCACAGAGUUUGAGACUUUCUAGGUUAUGGGGACUCACUUUGGAAAUGCGGAGGGCUGUCAGGGAAGAGGCUGGCUGGGGCCGAGAGAGCUGAAGUUGGGAUCUCUCCGAAAAGAUGAGCAAUGGAAAGCUCUAGACUGCGCACAGGCUGAGGGCUGCGCUCGGUUUUGAGGCCUCCAUCUCACCUUCCGGAAGAUGGUCAGGACGCUCUCCAGCCUCGCCUCGCCGGCGCAGGGCUGCAGUGAGCAUCCGCCAAGAGGAAACGCUCGGCCCACAGGACGCGAGGGGAAUCGGCGUUAAACUUUGCAGGGCCGACGGGCCAGCGGCCAGAGGAGGAGGCUGGCACCCCGGGCGCGGCCGGCCCCUCGCGCUCGCUGCCCGCCCGCCCCCUCCCUUCCUCCCCGCACUGGCUCGGCACAGACUCGGCCCCAGCCCCUCCCUCCUCCCGCUCGCGCCUCACUCGUUCGCUCGCUCGCCGGCUCCUCCUCACUCGCCCGCCCGCGCCCGGCGCAGCUUGGCCAGAGCGUUCGCGGGGCUGAACGCGCGUCCGCCCGGGGGGCUCCGGCGGCUGACCCCGGCCCGCGGCCCCCUCCCCGGCUCCCGCCUUCCCUUCCUCGCUCGCUGCCUCUCUCCUUCCCCGGCUCCCGCGCCGUCCGCCCGCCCCGCAGCCCGCGGCUCCGCGCCCCCCGCAGCCAAGAUGCCCGCGGCCCGGCCGCCCGCCGCGGGACUCGGCCGGAUCGCGCUGCUCCUCGCUCUGCUCCUGGGAAGCCCCGCGGCCGCCCCGGCAGAAGAUGCGCCACUGGAGGGAGAUGCUGGCCCUUCAGGUACUUACUUUCUGCCCUUGGAAGCCCUGGGGAGCAGCAGUCUGAGCCACGAGACCCCCAAAGAGAGAGUGACCACGGCCCCUCUGAAUCCAGCGCAGUCAGGGGACGAGCUUCACAAGCCAGAGUUGGAAGGGAUGGUCCCCUCCGCACCUCAAGACUCCGCGGCCACGUCCAUGCUGCUUCCGCUUCCGGAGGAACCCGGCACCGGGCAUGCCUUCCCCCCGACGAAGAAGCCGCCUUCGCUCAAACAGGUGAACUUGACCAGGAGGCAGCUGAGGCCGAAAGCCACCACCGCAGCAGCUGUGCAGAGGGCGGCGUCCCAGCCAGCAUCCUCGGACCUGGUCCUCCUCUCCUCUGCCACGGAGAAGCUCCGCCCACCUGGGGACCAGGACCCCGUGGCCUCCGCAGGGGAGGAGACCCACCCACUGUUGCUGUCAUCGGAGGAGCCCCUCUGGCUGGAGCAGAAGGAAGGUGCAGUCCCCACGACGCCCGUGCCCCUACAGAUCGCCCCCUUCACCUCGCAGCCGCUGGUGGCCCACACGCUCCCCCAGAGCCCCGACCCCGGGGCGCCCGCCGUGCCUGAGGAGGCCCACGAGGCUCCCCCAGGGGAUGCCAGCCCCAUGACCCUGAUGGACAAAUGUGAGAACGAGCUGACCGGGUCGGCCUCGGAGGAAAGCCAGGAGACCACGACGUCCACCAUCAUUACCACCACGGUUAUCACCACUGAGCAGGCCCCAGCUCUCUGCAGUGUGAGUUUCUCCGAUCCUGAAGGGUACAUCGAUUCCAGUGAUUACCCACCGCUGCCCCUCAACAACUUCCUGGAGUGCACGUACAACGUGACAGUCUACACUGGCUAUGGGGUGGAGCUCCAGGUGAAGAGUGUGAACCUGUCCGAGGGGGAGCUGCUUUCCAUCCGUGGGGUGGACGGCCCCUCCCUGACCAUUCUGGCCAACCACACCCUCCUGGUAGAGGGGCAGGUGAUCCGAAGCCCCACCAACACCAUCUCCGUCUACUUCCGGACCUUCCAGGACGAUGGCCUUGGGACCUUCCAGCUGCACUACCAGGCCUUCAUGCUGAGCUGCAAUUUUCCCCGCCGGCCUGACUACGGGGAUGUCAUGGUGAUGGACCUGCACUCAGGUGGGGUAGCCCACUUCCACUGCCACCUGGGUUACGAGCUCCAGGGUGCCAAGACGCUGACGUGCAUCAAUGCCUCCAAGCCCCACUGGAGCAGCCAGGAACCCAUCUGCUCAGCCCCUUGUGGAGGGGCAGUGCACAACGCCACCAUCGGCCGCGUCCUGUCCCCAAGUCACUCUGGAAAUACCAAUGGGAGCCAGUUCUGUGUGUGGACAAUUGAAGCUCCAGAGGGCCAGAAGCUGCAUCUGCACUUUGAGAAGCUGUCACUGCAUGAGAAGGACAGAAUGAUGGUCUACAGUGGGCUGACCAACAAAUCCACUCUUCUCUACGACUCCCUCCAAACCGAGAAUGUCCCCUUUGAGGGCCUGCUGAGUGAUGGCCACACCAUCUGCAUCGAAUUCACGUCUGACCAGGGGCGGGUGGCCUCAGCCUUCAACAUCCGGUUCGAGGCCUUUGAGAAAGGCCACUGCUAUGAGCCCUACAUUCAGAAUGGGAACUUCACCACGUCUGACCCGACCUAUAACAUCGGGACCAUAGUGGAGUUUACCUGCGACCCCGGCCACUCCCUGGAGCAGGGCCCGGCCAUCAUUGAGUGUAUCAACGUGCGGGACCCAUACUGGAACGACACGGAGCCCCUGUGCAGAGCCAUGUGUGGUGGGGAGCUCUCUGCCGUGGCCGGGGUGGUGCUGUCCCCAAACUGGCCAGAGCCCUACGUGGAAGGUGAAGAUUGUGUCUGGAAGAUCCACGUAGGGGAGGAGAAACGGAUCUUCUUAGAUAUCCAAUUCCUGAACCUAAGCAACAGCGACAUCCUGACCAUCUACGACGGUGAUGAGGUCAUGCCCCACAUCUUGGGGCAGUACCUUGGAAACAGCGGACCCCAGAAGCUGUACUCGUCCACGCCAGACCUAACCAUCCAGUUCCACUCAGACCCUGCCGGGCUCAUCUUUGGGAAGGGCCAGGGAUUCAUCAUGAACUACAUAGAGGUGUCAAGGAACGACUCCUGCUCAGAUUUGCCUGAGAUCCAGAAUGGUUGGAAAACCACUUCUCAUACGGAGCUCGUGAGGGGAGCCAGAAUCACCUACCAGUGUGACCCCGGCUAUGACAUCGUGGGGAGCGACACCCUCACCUGCCAGUGGGACCUCAGCUGGAGCAGCGAUCCCCCAUUUUGUGAGAAAAUUAUGUAUUGCACCGAUCCCGGGGAAGUAGACCACUCGACCCGCUUGAUUUCGGACCCCGUGCUGCUGGUGGGCACCACCAUCCAGUACACCUGCAACACGGGCUUCGUGCUGGAAGGGAGCUCCCUCCUGACCUGCUACAGCCGUGAAACCGGCACGCCCAUCUGGACCUCUCGCCUGCCCCACUGUGUUUCGGAGGAGUCCCUGGCAUGUGACAACCCAGGGUUACCUGAAAAUGGGUACCAAAUCCUGUACAAACGACUCUACCUGCCAGGAGAGUCCCUCACCUUCAUGUGCUAUGAGGGCUUCGAGCUCAUGGGCGAAGUGACCAUUCGAUGCAUCCUGGGACAGCCAUCCCACUGGAAUGGGCCACUGCCCGUCUGUAAAGUUAAUCAAGACAGCUUUGAACACGCUUUAGAAGUAGCAGAAGCGGCAGCCGAGACGUCUCUGGAAGGGGGAAACGUGGCACUGGCUAUCUUCAUCCCGGCCCUCCUCAUCUCCUUACUGCUGGGAGGAGCCUACAUUUACAUCACCAGAUGCCGCUAUUACUCCAACCUCCGCCUGCCCCUGAUGUACUCCCACCCCUACAGCCAGAUCACCGUGGAAACCGAGUUUGACAACCCCAUUUAUGAGACAGGGGAAACCAGAGAGUAUGAAGUGUCCAUCUAGAGAGAGCUCCACGUGAGAAGGGAACUUACAGAUACAAACUCAACUACAGCCUCCUCGAGAAAUUCAUCCAGAGACCAUGUGGCAUUUGAUGGAAAGCCCAGAGUGUCGGCUGUCUUUUCUUUAGACUCUUUACUGAAGACUUUGUUUUCUUCACUGUAUUUAUUAUAUUUAAAAUCGAAAUAGGUGUGGUUGGAUGUAUUGCAGCUGCAGCCAAAUUUGUGGUACAGCCUCAAUCCUGAAGGCAGGUGGAGGACCUGUAAAAUAGCAAACACAGCAGUAGAGGGAAAAGGAAAAAAAAAAAACAGCAACAGGCUGUUUCUCCUAUCAGCAAUUCCGUGCUACGGCUGCAUCAACUUGCAUGCAUCUUCAGGAUCCAUGCCCAUGGUGUUUUUCGUACAAAUCUAAGUCCCAAGGUUAGGUUGGAAAAGGGUAUUUCUUGUUGGAUUAACUUGGGUUGAAAUUUAGCACAGAGACUUAAACAGCACUACUCCAAAACCAGUCUGUUUUCUCCCUUCCAAUUUCCUCAGCUGCUAAAAGAACCUGCCCCGUCCCCUCCCUCCCAUGGCCCCUCUGAAGGCAGCAAAGGUGUUACACAAACAUUCUCUUUCACCACCCUGGCCUCGCUGGAUGCUGGCAAACUAAGAAAAUGUUUUCUUUCUAUAAAGGUGACAGGUGACAAAGGAAAGUUUUCAGAGAAGAUGAGAGAUCUGAGAGUUCCAGUGAAGAAGUGGAUGAGGGGCAAAGCUGGCUAAGGGAAUCGAGAGAAUAAAAUGAUACUCUUUCAACGAUGAAAGAGCAGGUAAUUUAUGCUCCCAGGGCCAGAAUCGAUCACCUUGUUCAACAAGGCCACCCUCAAGCCGUGAUGAUAGAUCCGUAGUCUUUGCAGGCGUGAGCAGUACCGCCCAUAGUGUUAAGAGGCUUUGGGUUGCAGGGGAGAAAUCCAGGGGUGAGCUCUGUUUCCCUCCCGGGGUGCUGCACUGCCAGAGCCCUCAAAAUAGGGGAGACUCAAGUGCACUGUCACUCUAAAAGGUGGCACCUUCAGAAUACACUUGCAGUCAAGUAUUUUGGAGGGAGGGAGGGUCCUAUGAGAAGAAACUACUUUUCUAUUCUCUGAAGCUCUGCCCGGAUGUUGGAUGGUGGCGUGAAUGCUUGACCAUAGAGGUGCCGAGGAACAGGAACGGGGGGCUUAAAGCCACAACGGCAUCCACAUCACACGAUUUGAACUCCAGUGAGGAGAGAAGGAGGAAUUUUAGGCCAGAAAGGAACUCUUAGCAUCUCAUUAAUCCCGCAUCCUGGUAUUUGAUCAGAGUCCUUUCACCUCAACCCAGUAGGACUGGUGAGUGUGUGAUUAUCUGGAAGAUUCUUUUCUAAAUAUAGGUGUAAAGAGAAGGCAAGGGGUGAGGAUGCUUGGAAGGAAAAGUGCCUGUGAGGCUAAUUCAUCUCCCUAAUGUCAACCAGUGGCUCAGAGAGGCACACCGGCCCAGCGGCUUUUGGGGUGCUCUUUGGAGCCUUUCCAUGCUCUCUAGAAUUGUUUUAAAUCAGCUGGUUUUCAAACAAGACCUUUCUGGCUGCCAUGCCUUUGGGAGAAUGGCUGGGAGUCCAUGUUUUGGUAGCUUGCGGGUCUGAGGCCCAAAUAUUUUCCUUCUGCCAGAAAAGAAUCCUGCUCAUCUGCUCCUUCAAGCAGGCAUUCAUGAUGCACAGCAAGAGAUCAUAAAAGGCUGCUGUCCAGCUGCCCAAAGCCCACCCCGUUAUAUGAAAGAACCAGAGGAGAAAUGUUCCAGACCAUUAGUGAGCAGUGUCAUGUCUGGAGAAAGACCAGCAAUGCAAAUAAUGCAAACUUUUUUUUUGAAGGCAGAAUCAAAUCUUUGCUUUUGUAUCUAUUUGAUGCUGAUUCUAAUCCUAACCCUGGGUCGUCCAGAAUGAAGAACUCUAUUAAUGAUAUUUAAUUUUAGAACAUACUGUGGUUACAUGAACACUAAAUAUUUGCCUUUCAUAAAGACUGACAAAAUAUAAAAUCUUUAUUCUAACCCUGUUCCCUGAAACUGGCCAGGCCAUGGCCCAGGAGCUCUUAUUGGCUGUUGGAUGGGCUAGAGAGGUGUUGAUUUUCCUUUUCUUCCAGGAUUCCAGUGUCUUAGUUCUGUCCUAGUCAUAUAGCACCUGUGACCAUGUUUUAUUUUUUUAAUUUUUUUUGUGACCAUGUUUUAAAAGUUUGUUUUAGUCAAAAGAUGGAUCAUGCAAGCUUGACAAUGUACAGUGUGAUUGAAAAGACAGGUUGGUGUCUAUUUUUCUUUUUAAAAUACCUGAAUGUGUCUUUGUAAUAUGUAAAGGUAAAACAAAUCAUAAUAAUCGUGCCAAAAAUUUACCAGGCAUCUCAUUUCAGCUCAUGUCAUGUCUGUUUUUAAUAAGCUCAAUGUUAAAACCCGCUGGGAUUAAAUAUUUUUGAACAGGAUACAAUCUUAAACUUGAGAACAGACUGAACCUUCCUACAAGCUACUCUUUGUAAAACAUCGGGGAAAUACGUUUACAGAGAUUUCGAGCUUCAAAGAAUGCAUGUGAUGGUGCGUAUUACAUGCUAAUUCGUAUAAGCUGUAUCUGCCAGCUACCACCCUGUGCUUUAAAAAUGCACACACUCAACCCUCUUCAGCUUGGGACUCAUCUUUCUGCUUCUUCUGGUGGUAGAGGGUAGAAAUAUUUAGCCAACUUAAGUAUUCUGGUUGCUACUUGAUGGCCAUCCUUAUUUAGUUCCACGGACAUGCUUUAAAAAUGACCUUUUGAAGUCAGCUCCUUGGAGAGCCUGCAGAACCUCAGGCUGAUAGCUUUGGAGACUGCCGAACAGCCCAGCAGGAAACGAAGUGGCUACGUGAUCCAAACGGCUGUAUGAGCAGACGGACGGGACUGGGCAAAUACGUGGGUACGUGUAGGCUGAGCGUGAGCCUUGGGCAAAAAUGACCUUUCUUUUGGUCAAUCCGAAGGGUAUGACUUUCCUAUGUUUUUGAGGUCGCUGGGUCAUUUGAGGUCCCGUUUUAUUGAGUUGUUCGGAACCCCCAAAGGUAGGCUUUCUCCUGGGAAGUUUUCAUUUCCAUUUUAUGCCCAAAUAGAAUUAAACGCAAAACAAACUUUCUAAGCUAGAAUAAUGAAAUGAAGUCAUUUUCCACUUUGUAUAUAUUGAUGCUAAUAAAAGAAAUGAAAAAGA